CACAUUUUAGAAUGGGGUGCCUCAAGAUUGUCCAUAAUUUGAAAGGGUGCCUCGGGACUGUCCAUAAUUUGAAAGGGUGCCUCGGGACUGUCCAUAAUUUCAAAGGGUGCCUCGGGACUGUCCAUAAUUUCAAAGGGUGCCUCGGGACUGUCCAUAAUUUCAAAGGGUGCCUCGGGACUGUCCAUAAUUUCAAAGGGUGCCUCGGGACUGUCCAUAAUUUCAAAGGGUGCCUCGAGACUGUCCAUAAUUUCAAAGGGUGCCUCGGACUGUCCAUAAUUUCAAAGGGUGCCUCGGGACUGUCCAUAAUUUCAAAGGGUGCCUCGGGACUGUCCAUAAUUUCAAAGGGUGCCUCGGGACUGUCCAUAAUUUCAAAGGGUGCCUCGGGAACUGUCCAUAAUUUUCAAAGGGUGCCUCGGGACUGUCCAUAAUUUCAAAGGGUGCCUCGGGACUGUCCAUAAUUUCAAAGGGUGCCUCGGGACUGUCCAUAAUUUCAAAGGGUGCCUCGAGACUGUCCAUAAUUUCAAAGGGUGCCUCGAGACUGUCCAUAAUUUCAAAGUGUGCCUCGGGACUGUCCA